UUUAGAUUGUGUAAGCGUCAAACAUUCUCAACAAGCCACUGUCCUAUUUGUAACACCGCCCCCAGAACUCCUCCGGGGAGCUCCGACUUUUCUUUCCCAUCUUCACCGCAGUUAAGAGCCGACCUUCACUUGGACUUCCCCCAACGUGUAUUACACCAACUAAACCUUGGAGAAGUAUAAUGGACAAAGAGAGGAAGAUGAUGAUAUUCUGUCUGAUCGUGGCAGCUCUCAGCAGCCCUGUUUUUACUGAAGAAUGGAAGGCCAAUGUUGUAACAUUCCUUGAUGCCCUGGUUUCAUCCUGUGUUGUGGUACCCUGUUCAUUCACCCAUCCUAGAGGACCCCUGCCCACGUCCAGGCUCAGAGGAAUCUGGCAUUGUUCAACCAAUCACAAAGAAUACAUCUAUAACGACGAUAACACUCUAAUCGUUGACAGCUUUAGGGGUCGCACAAAGUUGUUGGGACCUUUGGGUCAGAACAACUGCACCUUAGAAAUCAUUGACAUUAAAGACCAUGACAACGGCCCUUUCUGUUUCCGGAUUGAGUUAGCAAAAACAUCGACUGAUACAUCCACCACUGACAAGUUCUCCUUUGUUGAGCAGUGUGUCGAGUUUAGGAUGCUCACUGAUCCUCCAAAACCUAUACUGAAUCACGCAAAUACAGCCAUUCAAGAUCAUCCGUACACUCUCACCUGUUCAGUCACCCACACCUGUCCCUCCCAUGUGCCUAAACUCACAUGGAAUAAGGGAACUGCAGACAUGGCCACUGAGAUCCACAGAGAAGUUCAAAGGGGCUUGUGGGAGGUGCAGUCCAUCCUGACGUUCAUUCCUGAGGAGAAGGAUGACCACACUGAUGUCACCUGCACAGCAGCAUUUCAUGGAAAGCCCGAGUCCUCUGAAACAAUGACACUCUAUGUAAAACGUGCAGAAAACUACAACCACAUCAUCAUUCUCACAGUGGUGGGGAUCGGUACUGCUGUGCUCUUUGGAGUCUUCUGCAUCUUAAUGGUGAAAAAAUACAAGAAACGCAUUGCAGAGCUUCAAAAUCAAGAAGGCAGUCACUGCCUCCACCCUGUCCAUCCCCAAGAUGACACUGGCCACUACAGACUGGGAAAACAUCCGUAAUAACCUAGUACACACAUUGAAGGACUUGAGCCUCCCCAGAAAGUAAGGCCUGCUCUGUCAAGGCUCAAGGGCAGGGUGAGGCGAGUUGGUUACAAAUCUUGCACACUGUUCCUUUAAGAGUCAAAUGUAAAAAAAUCUAAUUGGAUGAAAUGUGUAUUUUCUUGUUCUUUCAGAUAAUCGAAGGAAACCAGAAUAAAUCUGCCCUCUAUCACUGUC